UCACAUUGCUGGUUAGAUCAUCAUUCGCUGGAUAUAUUGCUUGCUUGGUCCAUGUCUUUUUUGAGUGCCAGAUAAAUUUGACAGAGGCGUGUGGAGGCAACGUGACCCGAUAAAGCAUCUUUUUUUACAAAGCAAACAGAAGCAAUUAUUUCCAUUCCAAAUCUAUAAUUACCAUUACUUAAUUAGUCUAAUUUACUAUUACUUAAGGUAAAAACACACAAGAUUAGCUGUCUUUUACAACAUGGCAUAUAUAUAGGGGAAUAGGGGAUGUAUAUCCUUUCUGGUUUGCACAGACCCCUAUUGAUUCUUCAUCUUCAACAAGAAGAUGUCAAAAACUCCAGCUCUGGAUUCAAACAAGGAUCACGAUUAUCACCCUCUUCCUGAUUCAGAAUCUCCAUCAUCCCCUUCAGGGUCUAGACCAGGUCUCAACAAAUAUGCUCUUGCUGGUGCCAUUUUGGCUUCCACAAACUCUGUCCUCCUAGGCUAUGAUAUAGGAGUGAUGAGCGGUGCAGCCCUUUUCAUAAGGGAGGACAUGAACAUUACAUCAACUCAAGUAGAGAUCUUGGUUGGUUCCCUAAAUGUGUGUUCUUUGAUCGGAUCGGUUGCCUCAGGCAAGACUUCGGAUUGGAUUGGGAGGCGUUACACUAUAGUUCUGGCAGCAGCAACUUUUCUAAUAGGGGCUCUUCUGAUGGGACUAGCACCAUCCUUCUCUUUCCUCAUAGGCGGUAGAGUAGUGGCUGGGAUUGGUGUUGGAUAUUCAUUGAUGAUUGCCCCGGUUUAUGUAGCCGAGCUCUCGCCGGCUCUUAGACGUGGCUUUCUGACCUCUCUCCCUGAGGUGUUCAUCAAUGGUGGAAUACUGCUAGGGUACAUCUCCAACUAUGCUUUGUCAGGCCUCCCACAGAACUUGAAUUGGAGACUUAUGCUUGGACUUGCAGCAUUUCCAGCAUUUUCUGUUGCAGUUGGCGUGUUGGCAAUGCCGGAGUCGCCUAGGUGGUUGGUGAUGAAAGGCCGGUUAGACGAAGCAAAGCAGGUUUUGAUAAGAACAUCUGAGAGCAAGGAGGAAGCUGAAUUGAGGCUCAAAGAGAUAGCCAGAGCAGCUAAUUCAAUGCCUGCAACUUCUUCAAGCAAUUGGAGUGGGAAGGGGGUUUGGAGAGACUUACUGUUGAGGCCCACUAGGCCCAUUCGUCGCAUUCUCAUUGCCGCAAUUGGUGUCAACUUUUUCAUGCAAGCUUCCGGCAAUGAUGCCGUUGUGUAUUACAGUCCGGAAGUAUUCAGGGACGCCGGAAUUCACAACAAGAAGCAGCUUGUUGGUGUCACAAUACUCAUGGGGAUUGCCAAGACUUCCUUUGUUUUGGUAUCAGCUCUGUUCUUGGACUCGUAUGGCAGGAGGCCACUUUUGCUUUUGGGCUCAAUUGGCAUGGCAUUCUCCUUAGCUGCAUUGGGCCUCGGCUCCAAGUUUCUCGAGUACUCAAUUGACAAGCCCACAUGGGCUAUUGGGUUGUGUGUGGUGGCGGUGUGUUCGGCCGCAUCAUUCUUCUCCAUUGGGCUUGGGCCCAUCACAUGGGUCUAUUCAUCGGAGAUUUUUCCGAUGAGAUUAAGGGCCCAAGGUUCAAGCUUGGCAAUAGGGGUGAACCGAUUGGUGAGUGGAUUGGUGGCCAUGACAUUUCUAAGCGUUUCUAGGGAGAUAACAUUCGGGGGUAUGUUUUUCGUGCUUGCGGGAAUAAUGGUGGUGGGUACGAUAUUCUUUUACUUCUAUUUGCCGGAAACAAAAGGGAAAAGCUUGGAAGAAAUUGAGGCUCUAUUUGAGGAUGACUAUGACAAGGAUAACCGUAAAAUGCUUCUUUCUUGACGUGCAUUGUCGUAGAUAUGUAUCAUUUCCAUUGCAUGGAACAAAUUAGAUUCGAUCUGCAACAUAGAACAGAGGGGAUUUUGUUGUUGUAGUUCUAUCAGAUUUUGUUGAAGAUAGAGUUUCAUCCUAUGGUCAUGUAGUCAUGUAGUCAUUGACCAUAAGUGUUUGGGUUUGUUCUUUCAGUCUGUAAAUUGCGCUUGAGGCAUUAAUUGUGUUACUCCAAAAAGAGUUGAAGCUUCUUUUGAGGACAAAGUUGUAUGUGUACUUCUUGUGUAGCCUUUGAUUUUUUCUAUA